AUGCCCAAUGGACUGAGUGGGCUAUCGACCCUAGCUGCGUUUGUCGCCUUUAUUCUGAGUGCAUUAUGUCUGUUCGCUGGUACGAAGACGAGUAUCCUCGUGGACACUGACAUCCUGACACUAUAUACCCCUGAUGUCGGAAAUGACUUGGGAGUCUCCGACUUUUAUUCAAUAUAUGUCAUGAGCUACUGCGAAGGGUCCCUGGGGAAAACGGAUGAUGGAACCCUAUACAGGGAAAACUUCACAUAUUGUUCCGAUCGCGCCGUGCCUUUUUCGUUUGACCCGUUCCAUAUACUGCUGGAAGAAACUGGAAAUGAAACCUCGCUGUCUAGUAUGGGAUGGCCCAGUGCCAUCAGUGGUGACUUUCGGGCAUUCUCAAUUACCAGCCAGGCCAUGGCGGUAUUUUACUGCAUUGGAGCAGGGGUCGCGGGUUUCAUGAUUAUAAUCAAACUGUUCUCUUGUAUUUUGCGAUCGUCGCGACAGUCGAUCAUUGAGGCUUCGUUUUUACUGCUUGGUUUUAUCAGUCUCAGCAUCUCAUCGAUUAUCGCAACCGUCUAUGCUUUCCAGUUUGUCGCCCUUGUCAACUACCACGGCGAAGAAGCCAACGUCACUGCGGGCUACGGACAGAAAUUCUUGAUAAUGUCUUGGGUAGCGGCUGGCCUACUACUGCUGGGGAGUAUCAUCAGCCUAUCGAUUGUCGUGGCCGACCAUCGGCGGGCCGAACCAGGUCCAGCACUGUCCCACUAUGACCCGAAGGUUGGCAUGGAGGAAGAGAAUAUGACGAUACGGUCGAGAGUCUGA